ACUGAACACACAAAGUAAUUGAUAGCUAGAUAGACAACUGUUGAGACAUGGGAAGGGUGAGCAACUCUGAAAUCCUCUCAGAAUCAGCACCAAUACUAAACCAUUUCAGCCACCUACACCAACUCCAACUUUUCAAGUUCCUGCCCCAGCAAUCCCUAAACCUACCUUCAUGCUCAGCAUGCAACCUCAAAUCUUCCGAAAUCAUGUACGCCUGCCUUACAUGCAACUACUAUCUUCACCAAACAUGUUCACGUCUGCGCGAUAAAACUACUCACCAAUCUCAUUCCCACCAGCUCAAACUCACGUUCUCGCCUCCUUACCCUAACCAAGUCUUUUCUUGUGACGUGUGCAGCAAGGCAGGCGCCAAGCAGUGGCUUUAUCGGUGUGAUUGCUGUGAGUUUGAUGCUCAUUUAAUCUGCGCGACUAGUGUUCCAGCUCAGAAUUUAGCCCCGGUGCCUUCGGCUGCUGAGAUGUUGCUUAAGAGCUAUAAUGACAGUUAUAAUGCGAGUUUGGCGGCUAUUGCUGCGGGAACAAGUCGACAGCAGAAUCAGUUGAUGAACCAGGUUUUCCAGCAAACAAGUAAUGAUGUGACUUCUUAUAACAGGAUUCUUCAGGGGCUGAUGGGUGGUGGGAGUACCGGCGGUACGAGCCAGUUGCAGGGACUGAUGGGGGCUGGUGGUGGAGCUGGGAGUCCAUUGCAGGCACUUAUGGGUGGUGGCGGAGGGGUCGAUCUGCAGGCGUUGAUGGGUGGUGGUGCUGGUGUUGAUCUGCAGAGUUUAAUGGGGGGUACUGGUGGUGCAGGUACUGCAGAUCUGCUGCAGUCAUUGAUUGGUGGUGGCGGUGGGGGUGCUGGUGCUGGUUUGCUUCAGGGUUUCUUAGGAGGAUUAGGUGGAUUUUAACAACAUUUUCACCUGGAAAUCUUGAAUUAACUUUUAAACACUCGUUUUUUUUUUUUUUUUUGCGCCUUUGGUUUUUCGAUUAUUUGUUCUUUGACUUUUUCUUUUCGUUCAAUAUCAUAUCAGAAAUCAUGUUUAAAUGUA